AUGCUUCUCGAAGAAGACCCCUCCACCCUAAUCGCCCACACAACCCAAAACUUCAACAUCACGCCCGACCGGCACGCCGUCUCGCGCGUCGCCGAAUCCUUGUCCACGCUGCAACAAGCGCGCGACCUCCGCCUACGCGAAUCCGAAACCAACCUCAAGAAACUCGCGCGCACCCUCAACACUUUACAGUCCCAACACCAAGAAGUCACGUCCUCGCACAGUUCCGCCGAGCACGCCUCGUUGAUCUCUCGUCUCGACACACAAAAGUUCCGCGUGGCGAAAAACGUGUCGGACCUAGAAAUGGAGACGGAACGACUACAGACGCAGUUGGCGGAGUUGCAGGCGCGGUUGCAGGAGUUGGAGUUGCAGGGGGUUGAUGGUGAUGCUGGUGCUUCCACUAGUACAACAACGGGAGAAAAUGGGAACGGCAGUGGGAAUGGGGGCCAGGUCAGGAGCGUGGAGGAUGAGGUGUUGUUGAGAUUGAAGGUGUAUAGGAGUUUGGGAAUCGAGAUUGAGAGGGAAGAGCAGGAUGGGGAGUUUACGAGGGCGGUGGUGAGGAAUGAUAGGCGGGGGGAUGUGUGCGUGGUUAAUGUGGACCGGCAUCGGUUUUCGAGGUUCUUUUAUGCCAAUUAUUUUUGGCAGACGUUGUAGGGGCGGUCGCUAGGGGGUUAAUGUGAUGGCAGCUAAGCAAUGGAAGGAUGGGUUAGGUUGCGGUUUACGGAUGGUUACGAAAGGGAUAUGAUGCAUGGAUGGAUGG